AUGGAGAAAACAGCCGAUAGCCAGACUAGCCACCGAAGACUCUUACUCACCGACAAAAACUAUUUUGUUUGGGAAGUAAUGAUGAGUGGAGAACUCGACAACAUCAACUGUUUAGACUACGUCCUAGGAGUAGACAAGGACGAAGAGAAGAAAGACGAACGAGCGAAGAAGUCAGCCACCCUUAUCACUAGGUACCUAGAUGAAGAACAUAUAGGUACUAUUGCAAGUGAGUUGGGGAAAGAAGGACGAAGAAACGGAAAAGCGAUAUGGGACGUACUAAAGAGAAAGUAUGCCGAUGAUAAUCAGCAAACACAAGUUAUGGCCUUCACCGAAUUUGACCGAAUCGACUUCAGUAACAUAAAAGAUUUCAAGAAGGAAAUCAAGACAGCUAUAAGUCGAAUUAGAUCGUCAGGUUUUGAACUUGGAUCGCAGGCACUUGCCGUCAUGGUCUUAGGAAAACUUCCUAAAUCAUUCGAGUCGUUUAUUCGAGUGGUCACCCAUGACGACAAGAGACUUGAAGUCGAAGACCCCGAGAUUGCAGAGUAA